AAAUCUGAGCAAUUCCAAAAUCGUCAUCCUGCUGAUUUGCUAUCUUGAAGUUGAAGAAAUCUUGUGUCAUUCGACAUUGAUCAUGGAUGCCGGUGAUCAUGAUACAUCCAUAGAUCAUGAUUUUUUUCUCCAAGGACUCACAGGGGACUACGGCCCCUUUGAUACUAGUGCUGCAGGUGAUGAUGGACCCGACGGUGAACCUCCGGUUGGUUCACAUCCAGAUCCAGGUGAUGCAGCAGGAGUGCCAUCGUCAGGCUCUACAAGUGCGCACACAUUAGCAAGCAGCGGGUCUAAAAGAUCAAGAGCCGGUACUUCCGAAGUUUGGCAAGACUUUGAAAGGAUCUACAAAGAGGAAGAUGAGGUAAGUGUCAGGUAUGCUAAGUGUUAUAUUUGUAAAAAUAAAUUAUCUGCAAAGCCCUCGGGUGGAACGGGGCACUUGAAGAGGCACGCCAUAAGUUACAAGCGAAAGAGUGGAGCAGCCAUGAAGCAGACGGUGUUGCAGUACAACCCCGACGGCUCUGUUCAUCAUUGGGAGUACGACUCUGCCAAUGCUCGAAAAGAGCUAUGUCGCUUCAUUGCAAGAGCGGAUCUACCACUCAAUAUCGGUUCUUCAUCAAGAAGUUCAGACUCUUCGUCACGAUCGUCUACGGGCACCGGAAUUCCAACAUCCGGAGGGGAGCUAACUACCUUCAUCGACAGUGACGUUAUCAGCCACGAACAAGAAAACUUCAACAUACUGCAAUGGUGGCAUGAGCACAAGACGAAUUAUCCAGUCCUUUCACUGUUAGCGCGAGAUUUGUUAACGGUUCCUGUAUCUACAGUUUCUUCUGAGGCUGCCUUCAGUCUUACAGGAAGGAUAAUCGAAGAGAGAAGAACAAAUCUGUCAAGUGAGAUGGUUGAAAUACUCACCAUAGUAAAGGAUUGGGAACAAGCUGAAGCACGAAUGCAACACACUGCAGAAAAUACUGAGCUUGAAGAAUCAUUCCAAAAUUUGUAUCUAGAUGCUGAUGAGAACGUGUAAUUUUAAAUUUUCUGAGCUAUGUUAUACUCUUUUUUCCU